AUGACGAUUGCUGCCAAGAAGCCGGAGAUUGGGUCACAAGUAGAGGAUCAGAAGCAAUUCUCUGAGUCCAAGAACUUGGCACAGAAUGGAUUUUCGGUGCCGGAGUCCAAUGCAUUUGGCCAAUCAUUUAGGGAUUAUGAUGGAACUGUAAGACUAAACACUGUGGAGAAAUGCUACCAGUUGAACCACAUUAACCAAACAUAUGAUUAUGUAAAGAGGAUGAGGGAAGAGUAUGGGAAAUUGAACAAAGUAGAGAUGAGCAUAUGGGAAGGGAUUGAUCUGCUUAACAGUUUUGAGGAUGAAAGUGACCCUGAUUUGGAUGAACCUCAGAUUGAGCACUUGCUGCAGUCAGCUGAAGCCAUAAGAAAAGAUUAUCCUGAUGAAGAUUGGUUACACUUGACUGCCCUUAUUCAUGAUGUUGGAAAGGUUCUUUUUCAUCCUAAAUUUGGAGAGCUACCCCAGUGGGCUGUUGUUGGAGACACAUUUCCUGUUGGUUGUGCGUACGACGAAUCGAUUGUUUAUCACAAGUAUUUCAAGGACAAUCCAGAUUACAACAACCCUGCUUACAGCACUAAACUUGGAAUCUACUCGGAAGGAUGUGGACUAGAAAAUGUGCUGAUGUCAUGGGGGCAUGAUGAUUACAUGUACUUGGUUGCAAAGGAAAAUGGAACAACUCUACCUCCAGCUGCAUUAUUUAUCAUCCGAUAUCACUCAUUUUACCCAUUGCACAAGGCAGGAGCAUAUCAAUACCUAAUGAAUGAAGAGGAUAGACAGAAUUUGAAGUGGGUUAAAAUAUUCAACCAAUAUGACCUCUACAGUAAGAGCAAGGUACGAGUUGACGUCGAAAAAGUUAAGCCAUACUAUCUAUCCCUCAUCGAAAAGUAUUUCCCAUCAAAACUCAGAUGGUGA